CACUCAAACGAGAGAACUCAAACUCGCGAGAGCUAGGAAACAUGUUCGUCUUUUAUCUAUUUUCUACCGCUAUCGCCGCGCUCGCAUAUUAUAUCGGUUAUUUUAUACUAAACAAAAAUCGUAAUUAUUGGAAAAAGCGAAAUGUACCAUUUGUUGAACCAUUACCAUUAUUUGGAAAUUAUAAAAAAUUCAUUACUUUACAAAAGUGUUGGCCGAAGAUUACACAAGAAAUUUGCCAAAAAUUUCCUGACGCUCCCUAUGUCGGAGUGUAUUUUGGAACAGAUCCUGCUCUAGUUAUCCAGGAUAUCGUUAUGAUCAGACUCGUCUUGGCAAAGGAUUUUUACUAUUUCAAUUAUAGAGACGUCGCUGCCCACACGGACAAAGAAUUACUUACUCAGAACAUGUUCUUUACUGGUGGCGAUAGAUGGAGAGUCCUUCGACAAAAUUUAACUGCUGUAUUUACGUCGGCAAAAUUGAAAAAUAUGUUUUAUUUAAUAGAAAACUGUGCCAUCCAGUUGGAGAAAAUUAUCGAUGAGGAUUUAAAAUCGAGUAAGACAAAUGUGAUCGAGAUGAAGGCACUUUUAGUAAAGUACACCAUGGACUGCAUUGGAUCGUGUGCUUUUGGAGUGGACACAGGGGCCAUGACUAAUGAUAAUAAGCAGAUUAAUCCCUUCAAAGUUGUGGGUGAUAAAUUAUUUGAUAUUACAAAUGUUGGCGGUCUUAAAUUGAUCGGCAGAUCAAUGUGGCCUUCUGUGUUUUAUGGUUUAGGUCUAAAAUGGUUUAGUGACGAUAUAACAGUCUUUUUCUAUAAAUUUUUGAAAGGCGUAUUAGCAGAUCGAACGCAGAAACAGUCGUCGAGAAAUGACUUUAUCGAUUUCAUUCUCGGCUGGAAGCAAAAACCAUAUUUAACUGGAGAUAGUGUUAAGAACUACAAAACUGGCUUGAAGUCUACAUUCAGCCUGGAAGUAAACGAUGACUUGCUUGUGGGACAGUGUGUUUUAUUCUUUGCUGCUGGUUUUGAAACUACAGCUACGACUAUCGGCUUUGUUUUUUAUGAACUAUCGAAAGAUCAAAAUGCUCAAACCAAAGUCAUUGAGGAGGUUGCCGAUUAUUUUAGACGCCAUAAUGGUAAAAUCGAAUACGAGUGCAUCAAUGAAAUGCCGUACCUUCAGGCUUGUAUAGACGAAACACUUCGACUCUAUCCUAUUUUGGGAGUUUUAACAAGAGAAGUUGCAGAAACUUACACUCUACCAACAGGGCUGCGCGUAGAGAAGGGUGAUCGUAUACACAUUCCUAUAUAUCACAUACAUCACAAUCCUAAGUAUUUUCCGGAACCAGAAGAAUUUCGUCCCGAAAGGUUUUACGGGGAAGAGAAGAAAAAUAUCAAACAGUUUACAUACAUGCCGUUUGGCGAAGGGCCUAGGAUAUGUAUUGGUCUCCGUUUUGCAAGGAUGCCAAUAGUAGCAGCAUUACUUACGGUUUUAAAGAAUUACCGAGUGGAGCUAGCUGAUGAUAUGCCUCGAAAUGUAAAUUUUCAACCAAGAUCCUUCGUUACUCAAGUAUUAGGCGGAAUGCGUUUAAAAUUUGUUGCUCAUCAUGACUAAUAAUCCGCAGCAUUGUUUUUUUGUUGAUACAUAUUUUAUUUAUGUUUUUUAUCAUUAAAUCACACCAAUGCUAUAAAAGCGAAAUGUGUAAGUGUGUAUGUUUGUUCGU